AUGAAAACUUUAAGCUUGUUCACGAUUUUAUUUGCUGUUGCUUCAGCAUUGCCAUCGAUUCGAAAUGACAGAAUUUGGGGUGGUGACAAUGCAAUGCCUGGUCAAGCUCCUUACAUGGUUGGAUUUCUCAGAUAUCAGCCACUCACUAUUGAUCAACCAUUUAACUAUUGUGGAGGUUCUCUUGUGAAUGAGUGGUGGGUUAUUAGUGCUGCUCAUUGUCUUGACUUUAAUCUCCCUGAAACUGCACGCUUAGAAAUUGUCGCUGGUCAACAUUUUAUAGCACUGGAAAAACGUUCGGGAAAUGAACAAUUUAGGAACAUUUCUUUCUACAUAUUUCAUCCUAACUUUGGAGGUGGUGCAAAUUCUUACGACAUUGUUCUAGUAAGACCGAAUGCUCCAUUCGUAUUCAAUUCAUUUGUGCAGCCAAUAAGACUCGCAAGUCAAUCGCCACAACCACCACAAACGGGUGUUGUUAGAGCUUUUGGAUGGGGUAGUGUGACUGGAACGCCGCCGCCUAUUCUAGCUGAUCAACUCAAUACUGUUUUACUUUCUGUUAUGAGAAACGAUCUGUGCCGUGAAGUUUUGAAUGCCAUCUUCCCUGGACAUCCAUUAAGUUCCAGUUGCUUGUGCACAUUAAGAUUUGAAACUACUGGAAAUGUUUGCAAUGCCGAUUCAGGAGGGCCAGCAGUUAUUGAAGAAAAUGGUGAACCUGUUCUGGCUGGAGUGUUAGCAUGGAGUCCAUCAUGUACUGCUGUUGACUUACCAACAGUUUGGUCUGGAAUUGCUUUGCCAUCAAGCCGAAAUGACAGAAUUUGGAAUGGUGAGAAUGCAACACCUGGUCAAGCUCCUUAUAUGAUUGGACUUUUAGUAUAUCGAAUUACUAUUGAACAACCUCUUACUUUUUGUGGUGGUUCACUUAUUAAUGAGUGGUGGGUUAUUAGUGCUGCUCGUUGUCUUUUCGGCAAUCUUCCUUCAACCGAUCGUUUAGAAAUUGUCGCCGGCCAGCAUUUUGUAGAAUUGGACAAACGUUCAGGAAAUGAACAGUUCAGAAAUAUUUCGUUACAAAUAAUUCAUCCCAAUUAUGAAGCAGGAGGAUUAAAUUACGACAUUGCACUUAUAAGACCGAACGCUCCAUUCGUAUUCAAUUCAUUUGUACAACCAAUAAGGCUUGCAAGUCAAUCACCACAACCACCACAAAUAGGAACUAUUAGAGCUUUUGGAUGGGGCAGUAUAACAGAUUCACUACCAUCAGUUUCUGCUGAUCAGCUUAAAACUGUUAUGCUUUCUGUCAUGAGAUACGAUCUAUGCCGUGAAGUGUUGAAUGCCAUCCUCCCUGGACAUUCAUUGAGUUCCAGUUGCAUGUGUACAUUGAGAUUUGAGACCUCAGGAAACGUUUGUACUCGAGAUUUCGGAGGACCAGCAGUCAUUGAAGAAAACGGUGAACCUGUUAUUUUUGGUGUAUUCUCAUGGGGAUCCGGGUUAUGCAGCGCUAUUGAUCUACCAACAGUUUGGUCUGGAAUUGGUCCUGUUCGAACAUGGAUCGAUCAAACUAUUCAAGCAAAUUCUUGA